GAUAUUGACACAGGGGUGAAGGCCUCCUACCAUUGUUAGCUGAUUCUUGCUGAAAUCUGUUAAUUCUACUUUUUGAGCACACAUGAAUAACCACGUAUCUUCAAAACCAUCUACCAUGAAGCUAAAACAUACCAUCAACCCCAUUCUUUUAUAUUUCAUACAUUUUAUAAUAUCACUUUAUACUAUUUUAACAUACAUUCCAUUUCAUUUUUUCUCUGAGUCAAGAAAAGAAAAAUCAAACAAAAUUAAAGCAAAGCCUGUAAAUUCAAAACCUGAGUCUGCAUACAGAUCUGUUAAUAGUAUGGAUGGUUUGGCUUCAGUAUUAUACCCUGGAUGUGACACACUAGAUAAAGUUUUUGUGUAUGCAAAAAACAAAUUUAAGAACAAAAGACUCUUGGGAACACGUGAAAUUUUAAAUGAGGAAGAUGAAGUACAACCAAAUGGAAAAAUUUUUAAAAAGGUUAUUCUUGGACAUUAUAAUUGGCUCUCCUAUGAGGAUGUCUUCAUUCGAGCUUUUAAUUUUGGGAAUGGCCUACAGAUGUUGGGUCAGAAACCGAAGACCAACAUCGCUAUCUUCUGUGAGACCAGGGCCGAGUGGAUGAUUGCUGCACAGGCGUGUUUUAUGUAUAAUUUUCAGCUUGUUACUCUAUAUGCUACUCUUGGAGGUCCAGCAGUUGUUCAUGGAUUAAAUGAAACAGAGGUGACCAACAUAAUUACUAGUAAAGAACUCUUGCAAACAAAGUUGAAGGAUAUAGUUUCUUUGGUCCCACGCCUGCGGCACAUCAUCACAGUUGACGGGAAGCCACCAACCUGGUCCGAGUUCCCUAAGGGUGUCAUUGUGCAUACCAUGGCAGCAGUGCAGGCUCUGGGAGCCAAGGCCAGCAUUGAAAACCAAACUCAUAGCAAACCAUUGCCCUCAGAUGUUGCAGUAAUCAUGUACACAAGUGGAUCCACAGGACUUCCAAAGGGAGUCAUGAUCUCACAUAGUAACAUUAUUGCUGGUAUAACUGGGAUGGCAGAAAGGAUUCCAGGACUGGGAGAGGAAGAUGUAUACAUUGGAUAUUUGCCUCUGGCUCAUGUUCUGGAAUUAAGCGCUGAGCUUGUUUGUCUUUUUCAUGGAUGCUGCAUUGGCUACUCUUCCCCACAGACUCUAGCAGAUCAGGAAAUCAUGGAUCGGAUCUACAAAAAUGUCAUGAAUAAAGUGAAUGAAAUGAGUAGUUUUCAACGCAAUCUGUUUAUUCUGGCCUAUAAUUACAAAAUGGAACAGAUUUCAAAAGGACGCAGUACCCCAUUGUGUGACAGAAAAAUGAAGCAGUUUAUUGAUGACUUUUCUCAAAUGCUUUUUUCCCCCAUUUAUAUCUUAGUGUGGGACUACAAUACUGGCAGAGUGGGAGCACCAUUAGUUUGCUGUGAAAUCAAAUUAAAGAACUGGGAGGAAGGUGGAUACUUUAAUACUGAUAAACCACACCCUAGAGGUGAAAUUCUUAUUGGUGGCCAAAAUGUGACAAUGGGAUACUACAAAAAUGAAGCAAAAACAAAAGCUGAUUUCUUUGAAGAUGAAAAUGGACAGAGGUGGCUCUGUACUGGAGAUAUUGGAGAGUUUGACCCUGAUGGUUGUUUAAAGAUUAUUGAUCGUAAAAAGGACCUUGUAAAACUACAAGCAGGAGAAUAUGUUUCUCUUGGGAAAGUAGAGGCAGCUUUGAAGAAUCUUCCACUAAUAGAUAACAUCUGUGCAUAUGCAAAUAGUUAUCAUUCUUAUGUCAUUGGAUUUGUUGUGCCAAAUCAAAAGGAGCUAACCGAACUAGCUCGAAAGAAAGGACUCAGAGGGACUUGGGAGGAGCUGUGUAACAGCUGUGAAAUGGAAAAUGAGGUACUUAAAGUACUUUCUGAAGCUGCUAUUUCAGCAAGUCUGGAAAAGUUUGAAAUUCCAGUAAAAAUUCGUUUGAGCCCUGAACCAUGGACCCCUGAAACUGGUCUGGUGACAGAUGCCUUCAAGCUGAAACGCAAAGAGCUUAAAACACAUUACCAGGCGGACAUUGAGCGAAUGUAUGGAAGGAAGUAAUUAUUCUCUUUUGGCAUCUGUUUGCUGCAGUGAGCUCAGAUCAAAUAGGAAAAUACUUGAAAUGCCUGUCUCAAACUGUGAGGCAAACUCCAUUCCUCAUAUUAAAUCUGAAAUGUUAUUUCUCAUAACAUCACCAUUUUUAACUGACAGGAUUAGUAAAAUAUUAAGACAGCAAACUGUGUCUGUCUCUUCUUUCUUUUUCCCCUCCUCCAAUUUACUUUAUCACCUAUGACUAUACUUGUCAGUAUGAGAAUUUUUCUGAAUCGUAUUGGGGAAACAGUGAUUUUAAAACCUCAAGUUUUUAAACAUGAUUUAUACGUUCUGUAUAAUGUUCAGUUUGUAACUUUUUAAAGUUUGGAUGUAUGUAUAGAGGGAUAAAUAGGAAAUAUAAGAAUUGGUUAUUUGGGGGGCUUUUUUACUUAACUGUAUUUAAAAAUACAAAGGUAUUGAUGUGAAAUUAUGUAAAUUUCAAAUGCUUAUGAAUCAAAUCAUUGUUCAACAAAAGAUUUGUUGCUGUGUAAUUACUGUCUUGUAUGCAUUUGAGAGAAAUAAAUAUACCCGUACUUAUGUUUUAAGAAAUUGAGAUCUUGUGAA